AUGUUCUUCGAGUUCACGAAUCGGGCCAGCUUUCAGACACUAAAGAUUACGGAACAGCUCGUCAAGGUGCCGACGGCGCUGAACAGGUCCGAGUACUGUAUUUACUGCUUGCAUGAUGUUAGCGAACUUGUGCAGAGCGAGUUUCUCCUUGCAGCUUCCAGGUCAUCUCACGAAUCCGAUGGAAGCUUCGACUACUCAUCAUCGACUUAG